AUGGCCUCGUCCCCGCGCCCUCCUGCCAUGCAUAUGGAAAUCUCUACGUUGGAGCCACACCACAGGCGUGAAACGACCCGGUUUCGUUGGCGUCGCGUGUGCCGUUCAGCGACGAAAGACACCUUCCUGCUCGGCUUGGAGGCACUCGCCGACUCGGCAGAUGCGUUCCCGCCAUUGAAAAGCGCGGUAUGUGGGCUGUUGUUCAUCGUAAAGCAGGCCAAUAUGGUUACUACCAACGCCCAGCAAGUUACAGAUGUAUAUGCUCAGAUUGACUCCAUGGCCGCUUCUCUCGUACGAGCGAUACCCGACGCGACACAGUUGUCGCCGACAACUGAAGUAGCCAUCCGCGCGCUCGACGAAGAUGUACGGGCGCUUUGCGCCGACGUGGAAAGCAUACGGCGCCAGAGAAGCCCUUCACGCUUCAUUCGUGCUCGUCAGCACGCUUCUCAGCUUGACAAGCUUUCGAAGAGGUUGGCGCAAGCAGACGCGUCGUUCACAAUAUGCAUGCUUACGAGUACUGAGACGAAGACUACGCAGAUCCUCGGACAUUCGUAG